UGUGGGAACACGGUCCCUUGCAGGACCAGGAGGACAGCGGAGGCACCUCCCGCCGCCGGGAAUGAAACGUUUUAUGUCCACACUGCCCUCCCCUCCUCUCUCGCUCCCUCCUACACUGUUCGAGUGCCUGGGGUCCGAGGCCUGGGCUGGGGCAAGGAGGGUCCUCAUGCCUACGAUUGGUUGAUUGGAAGUAAAAGUUCAUUCCAUUGUCUAAAGGCCAUCGUAUUUCUUGAGAAGCAGGAGGUUGUGAAUCCUAAUACUGAUUGUGUCUUAAAUAUUAACAUACUUCGCAAAUGAUGCAGUUCAUUUAGGUUGCUGUGCUCAUGUGAAUCACCAAGCACAUCAGGAGCUUCCAUGUCUUUUCUGGACUGUUCCUGCAUUUCACAAACAGAAAUAGAACCAAUUGAUGCUGGGAGCCAGGUAGACGGUAAAAACCGUCACCAUCCGAAAAAUGGAUUUUCCACGUGUUCCCGGAGGUCCCAGCUAGAGGAAAAGAUGAUAUACACAACCAAUGCCAGUCACUAUGAGCUUCUAUGUGAACUAGGAAAGAGUUUUAGUAAUUUAACCACGGUGAACCUGGCUAAGCACAUCCCAUCGGGUAACAUGGUAGUUGUCAAACGCACAAAUAUGGACACCUGUUCGGAAGAAAACCUGUCUUCUUUGCAGAAUGAGCUGCUUAUCUGGCAGUUUCUCCGGCACCCAAAUAUCCUGCCACAUCCAGCAGUUUUUGUAGAAGGUAGUGAGCUAUGGGUCAUCCUGGCAUUCACAGCCUACGGUUCUGCCAGCAGCCUGCUAAAGUUGUACUUUACCGAAGGCAUGAGUGAGAGUUUAAUGGCACAUAUAUUUUAUGGAGUCUUGAAGGCAUUGGAUUAUAUUCACCAAAUGGGAUGCAUUCACAGGAGUGUUAGGCCAAGCCAUAUACUUAUUUCUGGGGAGGGACAUAUUUAUCUCUCCGGUCUGCAUGGUCUUUGCAACAUGAUCACUGAUGGACAAAGGCUAAGAGUUGUAUAUGAUUUUCCAGAAUUCAGUGCUUCUAUUCUGCCUUGGCUGAGCCCUGAAGUUCUCCAACAGGACUUGCAUGGAUAUGAUGCGAAGUCUGACAUCUACAGCCUUGGGAUCACAGCAUGUGAGUUAGCCAGAGGCCAGGUUCCUUUUCAGAAUACACCGCCUACACAGAUGCUGCUCCAGAAGUUGAAGAGGUCAUUAUGUUUGGUCGACUUCAGUUUUCCACAAAAGGAACUAAUGAUAAAGAAUUUCCGCUCUGGAAUGGAUUCUGGCAUUGGGGAGAGUAUGGCCAUCUACCGCAUGAUGAGGACAAAAAGAAGUGAACAAUCCCCAAGUUCAACGAAGAAAACUUUCUCUGCAGCUUUUCACAGCUUUGUGGAGCUCUGUCUACAGAGAGAGCCUGGCAAUCGACCAUCAGCAAGCACGUUGCUAUCCCACCCCUUCUUUAAACAGGUGCUUAUUCACUCCAUUUAUUUUCUGUUGAUUUUAAAAUUAAGAUUGAACACAUACCUCAUCAGAACCUGGGAGACUGUGGAACACUGGAAGAUGGGUGAAAAAGCAGACCAAGUCGUCCCUGAUCAAUCUGCUUCAGCCAGCUGUGCCGCUUUCUGGCUCUCGGGCCACAGUGGGGACAUCAGAGUCAAAAGGAGACAGCCCAAUCAGUCCCUUACAAGACCUAGAUGGUGACUGGGAAUUUUAACUUUAUUUCCUUUUACCCAUUUGUCUCUUUUUAUGACAAACACAACAAGUUUGAAUUGGUUUCACCUUGUGUUAGUUGCCCAUUGAGGUGACUGAAGACAAGGAAAUGACCUGUUAAAAUUAGGCAUAUGUUAUUGCUGCCUUUGUGCUGAUAUGUGGGAAUCUUGAUCUGUGCUGUAAAUCUAGAUUAGGCAUUUAUCCAUCUUGAUCCAAAUUGAUCCUGCAUUUGUGCAUAAAAUGCACUUGUGUUUACAAAUUGUGCAUUUUCUAUUCCAGUAUUAGAUUAUUACUUUGAAAGGUAAUUUGGAACAUUAGGAUAUGUAGUUGCUCAAGAUACUCAAAAUGGCCAAAUGCACAAGCACAAAUAUAUUUUUGAACAUAUCUUUGUACUUUCUUUACAUGCAUAAAUAUACAAACAACCUUUAUUACAUCUGGUGGUUUAGUAGCAUAGUGAGGUCUAUGUGUUUCAACAGGAUUGAACUUCAAGAUCACCUUGCGGUUUGUCCUUAAUUUUGCUGUGGGAUGAUAUUGGGCUAAGGCAGAAGGAGCAAAGCUGAGAUAGAAGAAUGAGCAUCCAAACAGAAAUGUGAAAGAGAAGAAAGUGGCAGACGAGUUCCCCAAGACAUUCUCAUUUCAUUGCUUAGGGAACAAUAGGCUGGGAGCCAUUAUUUUAAAAGCUUUUAGCUCUUUUCCAUUUGAAAUUAUGAAACUGUCAUCACAUCAGACUAUCAAAAGAUUAGGGUUUAGGUGCCAUUUAUUUCCAUUUUGUUCAAAGGGAUCCAAACUCUAAACGUGAAAACACUAUAUUGACACUAAUUCUUACCAGUUCCCUUAACUGGUAUCUAAUAUGAAGACAGUGCAAUGAGAAUUGGUCCUCAGACUUUAUUUUGGUGGUCCAAUGUGCCUUGUCCCUUUUUAACACAGUCUGAAUAAGUGGAUUCUUUGGGUAAGACUAAAUGUUAUUUUCAGAUCUUUAUAAACAGCAUAUUUGGAUUGAUUUGCUUGACUACUGCAAUCCCAGGCUCAUUAUUAUUGACUAUCUAAUCACUGUCACUAAUAAUUAGUCCUGAGGUUAGGUCAAUGAUCUGAAGUUUUAACCCUGUUUCUCUCUCUACAGAUGUUGCCUGACCUGUUGAGUAUUUCUAGCAUUGUUAUUUCAGUUUUCCAACAUCUACAUAAUUUCUUUUGUACCAUAACUUUGCCCCACCCUAUCCACUUUUAUGUGACAUGCAGAAUAUCAUUAAAACUGAUGAAACAACAACAAAAAAAGGCUUUUGAUCAGAUUGAGUAGACAAAACUCUGUGAUCAUCCACUUGGAGGCAGCUAAAGGGAACAUUUUCUUAAUGAGUUAGAUUAGGAGAUGUUUAGCAGGAAAGGAAAUAAAGGAAUUCAUGUAUAUCAAACAUACAAAAAUAUUUUAAAAAGUAUUAUAAUGUUGGCAUUUACCUCAGGGGGCUCAAAUACAAAAGUGAGGUUCAAAUAUACAAGGUUUUCUGAGGCUACAUUAACAGUACUGUUCACUUUUGAGCAUUAGACCUCAUUACUUCUUGGAAAGGGUGCAAUGCAGAUUCACUAAAAUGUUACUAGGGCUGGAAUUCCAUAGGCUUGGGUUGUAUUAGCUAACCGAAUCACGAUAAUUAAAAGUGGCAUGUUGCGGAGGUGCCUCUAUAGUCCUGCUACUAUAAAUUUUUUUGGUAAAUUAAAACAAUGCAAGCAAUUUGCACUGUUAUAGAUCAUUUAAAUUUAUAUAUAAUUGAACCAUACCACCCAGUGUCUCAAUUCACUGUAUAGUCAUGCAGCUGGCUUCACCUUUACAAAUAAUCCAUAUUGCAAAUUUUUCUCAUAGAAAAUACAGAGUUUGCUGUGUAUGACAAUAUCUCAAUUUAAUUAUUAAAGUUUUCUGGAAGCAGUCAGAGAUUUUGUUUUCCUGUUUUGUUGGUGAAACUGAAACCUGAACAAAGGGAUAGUUUCCAAAUAAAUUCCAUUUAGUCCUGACUUGUUGAGGAGCCAUUGUAAAUAAAGCUUUUUAGUUGUCUUCUAUUUGAAAUUAUGAAGCUACCGUCUUAUUAAACUCCCAACAUUAUCAGGUUUUAAGUAAGUGUCAUUUAUUUCCAUUUUGUUCAAUGAGAUGCAAAAUCUAACCCUGUAUACACUACGUUAACACUAAAUUUUACCAGUACCCUUAACUGGAAUCUGAUGUGAACCAGUGCAAUUAGACUUGGUUAUUGCGUCAUUCAAAAAUAUAGUGGAUAUAUGAACAACAUGAUACAUGUGUUAUCCUUCAUGGUGUAUCCAGUAUUCCCAUAUUGGGUGAGUGAGUUUGGUGGAGGAGAGGAGAAUGAAUUUAAUGAUAGAUAUGCUUUAUACCAAAGAUUUUCUUUUGUCUUAAUUCCAAAAAUAUCUUCUUGGUACUUUUUUUUUGGGUGUGAUGAAUAUUGUAUGAGACAUGGUUUUGCUGUGAUUGGAGAUGUGAUCAAAAUCUGUACCAUAGCUAAUAUGUUUACUCAGCAUCUAGGCAUUUAUCCUGACUAAAGGGAAUGUGUGGGACAGGAUUGUGAUUGCACACAUGCAGAGAAAUAGAUUUCUUUUGUGCUUUUAAAGCUUGUUGUGAUGAUAUUUAGAACAUGGAAAACCUACAGCACAAUUCAGGCCCUUUGGCCCACAAAACUGUGCUAAACAUGUCCCUACCUUAGAGUCCCAUAGCCCUCUAUUUUUCUCAGCUCCAUGUACCUAUCCAAAAGUCUCUUAAAAGACCCUAUCGUAUCCGCCCCCACCACCAUUGCCAGUAGCCCAUUCCAAGCAGUGUUAAUGAGACAGCUUUUGAGACUUUUUAAACAGAAUUCCAGAUGAGCUAGUAGAGAUACUGGUGGAAAACAUUGGGUAUAGUAACUGCUCCCACUAUUCUAUGUGUUGAAGGAUUCUAAUAGACGCCAGCUAUGAGCAUUUUCCCUUCUGUAAGAGGUCACAAUGGAAAAUAUAUUUAGUGUCCUAACUAAAAGCAACCAAUUCAGUUAUUUUCUUCAAAAAUAUUGUUAAACUGGCCAUAAUUGCAAAUGUUGAAGAACCCAUCUCUCUGUAAUGUUUUAAGCAAAGAACAAACUGCUGGCAGAAUGCAGUGGCUCAGGCAGCAUCUGUGGAGGGUAAGGAAUGGUCAACCCCGCAUCGGUCCUGAAUUCCUCCAGCAGUUUGUUCUUUGCUCCUGAUUCCAGCAUCUGUAGUCUCAGCUCCCUGUAUUGUAAUUGCCAUUUCAUUUGCCCAGUUUAUGAUUAGGGGCUGCCUGAGAGCAGAUACUUUAUCUGGAAAGUCAGCCUGGUGUCACUUAGGGACAGUAGAUGAUUGGUAAAGUUACUAUUUGUGUCAGAAGAUAAGCAAAUUAUCAGGGUAUUGAAGGAAGUGAGACUAACACAAAAUGCCUGUUUUUCCACUACUUCCAACUAGCAAAAUAAAUGGGAUACCUAAAGGAAGGCAGAGCCACUGUUUAUAACAAUUAGAAAUCUUAAUGAGGGAAAAUGCAAAUAGGUCCACCUCAUUGAUGGACAGUUCCUGAAACAAUAACAUGUCUAAUAAAUUAAGCAGAUCAGUGACAAAAGAAAUAAUCUAGUCCUUGAGCAAUACACACAAGAUGCUGGAGGAAC